UCAUUGAAAUAUUUGUACAGGCCUUUUGUACCUGAUGCUGUGUAAGCGCUGCCCUUGUUGCCCCACCAGCAACACCAACAAUCGAUUUCAUCGCUGUUGAAAUGCACAAUAUUCCAAGUGAAUAGGAAGAAAAAUAGGGUUACAGGUCCCUUAUGACAUUAUCAUGAAGUAAAUUGAGAUUCGCACGUGGCUCAUUUGUUCCUGUAUUUGAUUAAAAAAUGCAAUAAAUACAUAUUUUUUUGGAAAUUGCAAAUAUGCCGCAUGUUUGAUGAGGCAUAAUAUGUCCGAAAAGUAUGUGAAGGAAAUUUUAGAAAAGCUGGAAGAAAUUGAGAAACUGCACGGGAAGUUGCGUCGUUUGGUACCUCGCGUAAAAUCCUAUGAAUCGGAAGGCACAAGGAUUAAUCAGUUCAUUAUGGAAAAAACGAACGAUAAUACAAGAUAUUUUCUGGAACAAAACCCUAUCGAUUUCUGUCAGAGAUUAGAAAUUGCAAGAGAAAUGUCUAAAGACUUGACAACGAAAGUAAAAAAAUUAUGCGCACCCAAUACAAAGACCAGGAAAUAUUUCAAAAAGUUUAAACAUUAUUCUAACAACAAAUGGAAAAGUUUCAAAGACUAUUUGUCGACCAUGAAUGCAUCGGACAUUAUCCUCGUAAGUAGGGGCUCUCAAACAUCAGAAGCCAAUUUACCGAGGAUGAUUUCAGGAAGAACGUCUUCAACUCCUGUUUCAAGAGUAAGCCAGAUUUUUGGGAGAAGAAGAUCCACGCUGAGAGAUCUACCAGAACAGUUAUUAGCGAGUUUUGGUUAUUCUCGGGAUUCUAACUCUGUAAAUGAGAGUAUAGUGUUAAUGCACGACCAUGCUUUAGGUAAAGAUGAACCGCAUAAGGUGCAGAAAAUGUCGAUCAUUCCAAACCAGGAAACUGAAACAUUGAGGGUCGUUGCAUCCGCAAGAAGAGUCUCGGUAGGAGGUAGCAACAAACGGUCUUCAUAAAUCACCAUGAGAAUACAUCAUACCAACAUUCAAUUUCAACAACGAGCAUUUCUCUGAUCAUAUCUAGGACAUUGACGUGAUCAUUUUUCAUAAACAAUAUCUACAACUUUCCUGGUAAUCGACGUUUGUAAUAGAAAAGAUUACAACGGAUGUAAAAUAUAACACAUUGGAUCCAAGAGAAAAAUUAUGCAUAUUAAAUAUAUUAAUAUAUUAAAUUAUAAUAUUUGUAUAUACAAAAAUGGAACUGCAAAUGUUUACGCCUUUAUGGAAAAUUUGAAGGUGCCAAAAUCCACGUAACGCAUGCUUCUAUGAAGAUUCUAUUUUUCGAAUUAUAUUAACAACAGUAUGAAUUUGCAUAAACAACCCCAGUGAAAUAAUUAUAUAUACCGCGUAUAUUUAAUAUAUAUUUUCUAUCAGUUUAAGACUUAUCACCAGUGUUGCGAAUAUUUCGCAUUACUGUACUAUACUGCCAUCUGAAUCCGACUGGAGAAUGAACAUUGCCACACUCCAAGUGGCCAAUGGAAAAGAACGGAAAUGUUUGAACGAAACCUUAGAGUGCGUGGGCUGGCAGAUGGGGGUACCGGAAAGGCGGGUUGCACAGGAAGUCACGGAGGUUCAAACAUAACAUUACGAUCACGAGUAAAUCCUUCGAUCGUGCUUAAUUUAAUCCCCUAUGAAUCGAGUUCGUUUGUAAAUUAGAAGAAAACGUCUAAACUUUAAUAUUACAGGUU